GGGUCUGCGUGAGAUCCCUCGAGCCUGUGCACCAGAUUGCCGGAGAAAAAGCGCGCCUGUCUCCACUGCGCCCCUUUCACCUGCUCUUGGCCGCCAGAGGCGCGGGGAGCCGAAGCCCGAGGGCGACUGGCUGUGCGGGCAGGAGGCGCUGCUGGAAACGAGCGGGACGCGAUGGUGUGCGGCGGCUUCUCCUGCUCCAAGAAUUGCCUGUGCGCCCUCAAUCUGUUGUAUACGCUAGUCAGCUUGUUGCUGAUUGGAAUUGCAGCAUGGGGCAUAGGUUUUGGCCUCAUAUCCAGUUUCCGGGUUGUCGGAGUAGCAAUUGCAGUGGGGAUAUUUCUGUUCCUGAUUGCUCUGGUGGGAUUGAUUGGAGCUGUGAAGCACCAUCAGGUGUUGCUGUUCUUUUACAUGAUUAUUCUCUUGUUAGUGUUUAUUAUACAGUUCUCUGUCUCCUGUGCUUGUUUAACAUUGAACAAAGACCAGCAGAGCCAGCUUCUGGAAGUUGGGUGGAACAACACAAACAGUGCAAAGCAGGAUAUUGAGAGGAAUCUAAAUUGUUGUGGGUUCCGAAAUGUCAAUAAAGACGAAGUUUGCUCUGCUGCUUGUUCUGAUGACAUAUCACAUUGUUCACUUUGUGCACCGAUAAUAGAAGAGUAUUCUGGGAUGGUCCUGAGAUUUGUAGGAGGUAUUGGGCUCUUCUUUAGUUUCACUGAGAUCUUGGGGGUCUGGCUGACCUACAGAUAUAGGAAUCAAAAGGAUCCUCGUGCAAAUCCUAGUGCAUUUCUUUGACUUCAGAACCUUCUGGCAGGACUAAAUGUCUCUUUUCCUGCAUUUUUAAAAAAUGAAUUAUCGAGUGGCUGCUGUUCACAUUUCAAGUGCUUUGUGCACUUGAAAUAAUGACUGUUCACCUAGAAAUGCCUCCUAUUUUAGUUCUGGUUUUUGAUGUUUUCUUCCCCUUAGAUUGGCUGGUUUGAAAUUCUUGUGCCAGUCAUAUAACUAAACAGAAUUUGGUACUCUAAGAAAAUGGAAGAGAGUUGAAUAGAACUAUUGCAGUCUUAUUGUAGUACUUGCGCUGUUUUGACUGUUGGGUGCUGUUGCUCUUGGUGAUAAAAGAUAAAAAAAUCCAUUUGAUGUAUUUCAUCCAUCAGAAAGAUUCCCAUCCACACUGUUGCUUUGAAUGCGUGGUAUUUUGUGAUUCAGUUGAAAUCUAUGGUGAAAGUUAUGUUGCUUUUGCUUUCUGCUUCAGGGAAAACCAUUGUGUAAAUCAUUUCACUUACAGAAAUUUAACUUCCAGCUGUUUUUAUGUGGACACAAGUAUGUGGAAAUAUAUUUAAGCAGAGGUUGGUCAGAAUUUCCAUGUAAUCCUAGUAAUUUCAUUUCACAAUUCUGUUGGUAAUUCCAUUCAUGAACUUCUGUUCACAAGCAUAUUUGUUCACUGUAGUGUUGGAGUUAGCGCUGUAUACACAUGGACCCAGUGGACUACAGAGAAUGCACAGUAGAUUUGAUAUUGAAUUAACCUGGAUGGUAUGUUUAACUGAACAAUGGAGAUAAACAGAAAUAAGAAUUUUCAUUGUAUGCCCAAUGUUUUUGUUUGAAUGAACUAUGUAAUUAGAAUGUUAUAAGGGAGAAUGAUUUUCAGCUUACUUGUUACUGUAAGAAACUGGUCGUGGUGCCCAGAGGGGUCUUGUAUCUAUUUUUGCAGUUUGAUUUAAUUUAUUAGUGUAGUGUAGUGAACUAUGAUACUGACGUUUGUCUUAAGAUUUAAACAAAUUGUAUUAAUUCAAGGGUAUCUUAAUAUUUUGGUUAUAUCUGUGGAUUAUAAUAUUGUAAAGUGAUCUUUGUAGUGCUUUGAUAGUAUACUUCAAACACAAAAAUAAAAACUUUUGAUGAAAUGUG